CCAGGAUUGUUUAGAGUAGUCAGACUACUGAGGACACAGGAUGGCAGCCCGGACUGGAGCCUCGCUGGACAUGCGUGUGAAUUGAAUUCUACCUAAGAAUUAAUUAUUGUGGGGGACCGCUUGAGGCGCAGUCAUGCCGCUGGUGAAGAGGAACAUUGAGCCGCGGCACCUGUGUCGUGGGGAGCUGCCCGAGGGCAUUGGCAGUGAGCUGGAGUGUGUGAUGAACAAUACCCUUUCAGCCAUCAUCCGCCAGCUCAGCAGCCUUAGUAAACAUGCAGAGGACAUCUUUGGGGAGCUUUUCAAUGAGGCCAAUACCUUCUACUUGCGGGCCAACUCUCUCCAGGACCGCAUCGACCGGCUGGCCAUCAAGGUGACCCAGCUGGACUCCACCGUGGAGGAGGUCUCCCUCCAGGACAUAAACAUGAAGAAGGCAUUUAAGAGCUCUACCCACCAGGACCAGCAGGUGGUGUCCAAGAGCAGCGUUCCCAUUCCUGUCAAGGAGAUGUACAACCUGAGUGACAAGCCCCCACCACUCAAUAAUCUUUCAUGUUACAGGGAUGAUGGUAAAGAGGGCCUGAAGUUCUACACAGACCCGUCGUACUUCUUUGACCUGUGGAAGGAGAAGAUGCUGCAGGACACGGAGGACAAGAGGAAGGAGAGGAGAAAGCAGAAGGAGCAGAAGCGUUGUGUGGACGGAACCUUACAGCGCGAGGUGAAGAAGGUGCGAAAGGCUCGGAACCGCCGGCAGGAAUGGAACAUGAUGGCCUUCGACAAGGAGCUGCGCCCAGACCACCGGCACACGCAGUCGCUGCACCGCGGAGGGUCCUCAGAAGGAUCACUGUCCCCAGAGAACAGGGCUCAUGCAGCUGACCACCUGGACCACCACUACCCCAAUACGCCCAACCAUGCCGGCCACGCCCACACCUACUCGGGCCCGCCCCCGAGCCUCAUGGGCCUCUCUGGCCAUGCCCUCGCUGGCAUGGAGCUCGACCCACGGGGCGGACCCAUGGCAUACCGCAGCGGAACAUUGGGCCGGCCACACCAGGCUCCUCCUCCUCCUCCACCGACGGACACCCUCAAUGGGUCUGUGCCUCUCCCCCCUGUGGACUACAGCAUGGAUUACAUGAACACUGGCCCCCCCCCUCCUCCUCCCGGGCCCCUCAUCCCCUCAGCACAGACUGCCUUUGCCAUGCCUCCAGCGGGAUCGGUCCUGCCUACUGGCCACCCUGGACAAAUGGGCUACAUGUCUCCUCCCCCACCGAUGUCUGGACCAAUGGUGGCACCACCCCCACCUGGGCCUCCACCUCCACCUCCUAGUGCCAACCAUGCUGCCACCUUCAAAGCUCCGCCAGUGCCCAGCGAGGCCGAGCCCACCAACGAUGCCCGCAGCGACUUGCUUGCUGCCAUACGCAUGGGUAUUCAGCUGAAGAAGGUGCAGGAGCAGCAAGAACAGCAGGCCAAGCGGGAGCCUGUGGGCAACGACGUGGCCACCAUCCUGUCGCGACGCAUAGCCGUCGAGUACAGCGACUCCGAGGACGACUCCGAGCUGGAAGACAACGACUGGUCCGACUAGGCCUCAUACACACACACAAUUGUAUGUAGUCUUACCCAACACAUUUACUUGUACUUACCACACACAUGCACACACACACUCAUUUACUGAUCACACCAUCUAACAUACACACCUUACAUACUUAUACACAUAUAUACCUGCAUACUGAUAUAACAGGUGUAUACACACAAACACUAGGUUGACCAUUCUAUAUAUAAUAAGCCACAGAAAGUGAAAUAAAUAGCUGACUAUAGCAACUUCUCA